AUGGCGGCCGACGACCUCAUCAACUUUGACGAGAUAGAGCCACAUAAAGAGAACAUCCAGCGCGUGCAAGGCGGUCGGUCAGCAAGAGCACUAGCGGCUGUUCUAUCGCCCAAGAAUGCCGACAAUGCAUUGAAGCCUAUUCCCUCCGACCAAGAGAAGAUCAACAAUGUCAAGCGACAAGAAUUCGAAAGAGAGCUCGAGACCAUCGACGAGUCCGACGACCCACUCGACGUCUACGACCGCUACGUGAAGUGGACUUUCGACACAUACCCCAACCCUACUUCCCAGCAAUCGCAGCUGCUGCCACUGCUUGAGAGAGCGACCAAAGCGUUCCUCAAAUCACCGCACUACAGAAACGACCCGCGCUACCUCAAGCUCUGGCUCAAUUACAUCAAACUGUUUUCCGAUGAGCCAAGGCAGACAUUCGCUUUCUUGGCUCGCCACAACAUCGGCGACGGUCUCGCGCUCUUCUACGAGGAAUUCGCGGCAUACUUGGAGACGCAGGGGCGUUGGAACCAGGCUGAGGAGGUGUUCGCCAUGGGCGUCGACAAGGAAGCACACCCGAGCGCUCGUCUGCUGCGCAAGUACGGAGAGUUCCAGCAGCGCAUGGAGGCUCGCGAUCAGGACAGCAACGGCCCAUCGAGCCCUGCACUUCCGGUCGUAAGGGCGGCGCUGGCAGACAAGGGUGAUGCUUUCGGCUCGGCUACCGAUUCACCCAACCCUCAGGGCGGCUCAUCUGGAGUUGCACCCAAGAAGAAGGCCAAGAUGGCCAUUUUCGCCGACACGAAUGAGCCCAAGCAGUCCGUUAUGGGGGGCGCUGCCAGAAAAGGCGAGUCGAUCCAGACGAUGGCGGAGCGCAAGAAGGAGAACAAACAGGAAGCUCAGGCUUGGGCGGGACAGAAGUUGAAUGGAGGCAAGAGGAACGUUGGCACGGAGAAGCUGAUGAUAUUCAAGGAUCAGUCCUUAUCCGAAUCUCUAUCUGCGGAGAACAGCUCCAUGCGUGAAGCUCAGCAGACCGUGAACCCGCGAACGGGAAAGAUCGAACGUGUCUUCGUGAAUCUAGAGGCUGUGUACCCGAAUGCAGAUGACCCGAUGGCCGCGGAGUUCUGCUUCGAGGAGCUACGAGCGAAGCAUAGGGGAUGGAUGCAGUACGACUGGAAAGCGAUCAACCGCCAAGAUGAGGAGAAGCGGAAGCAAGAACGGGCCAGAAAAGAGCAGAAGGAGAGGAACAUACUGAAACCGAAAGAUCCGCAGCAGUCACCGAUGAAGGACCCUGUUGCCAUGCUCGCUAAAGGUCUACAACAGAGCGUUGCGCUUAACGACGUUAACGAUGAGAAUGCACCGCCGUCGCAGGAGGAAAUCCAAAGGGCCAAGAUGUUGAAGAAGCAGCGCAAGGAGGAGCGGGCGAACAGGACGAGAAAAAUAAAGGUGAUGGAAGUUCAAAAUGAGACGCAGACGAUCCGAGCAAACCUUGGAUCCCCGACAGGUCAUAAACCUGUCAGGAGGAAGAAGACCGCGGAACCGACAAUGACUAUCAACACCAAGGAAGCCAUGGAUGAGAUCUAUGGCAUUUUCAAUCAGCCUCUAAAGGAAACGAAGGAGGAGUCUGAUGAGGAUCAAAGUGAGGAAGAGAGCGAUGACGAUGACACCUACACCAGUGCGGGGGAUAGCACCUGUACUGGUAGAAUGUCCGGCACGGAGAGCGAAUAUGGAGACGAGACGACACAGGGCGACUUUACGAUGAAGAGCGCGAUGGCCGAUGACGACGACACCAAUGCCAGCCGCGCGAGUGCCUGGUCAGAGUUCACGGAAAGCAGGCAUAUUCCAAGAGACGACACGGAGUCGGAAGCAAGUGGAUCAGAAGAAGGCGAGAGCGAGGACGAAACGACAAGAAGAUCUACAACAGGAGUCCAUGACGAUGAAGGAUACGGAGGCUCACAGGAACCUGAGGACCUCCACACGCCGACUUCACCAGAUAACAAGCCCGCUGCUUUGCUCACCCGCUAUGUCCCUGUCCCGCCAGAGGACGUUGAGGUUCCUAGAUGGACAUAUCGAGACCAAGUGCAAAUGGCAAACAACCGUCUACCAUUCAUGACACCAAUUGCGGAAAAUACCGAGUCGUCUCUUGGUGCCGCGACAGUGUUGGCAGAACAGAAGGACUUCUUCAACGCGAAGACGCCCAGCCGGCAUUCGGGAGGCAAGACACCCACCAUCUUGGAGGAUCACACGGAAGACCUCAGCGGAUCGUUCAACGAGAUUCUGGAGGAAGCUAUGAAAGAGAAUGGCGGCAGGAUGGUGCAGCCUGCUCUGCCGAAGUCUAAGCCCGCUCCUCUAGGAAUUCCCAGACAAGCCUUCCCACAAGAAAUCAAGGAUGUCUUGCCCAAGGGACCCAUCAUCCAGGAUAAGCAGUGCAAUCCUGUAGAUGAGCAGGUUCGCCAGACGAUCUUAGAGAACGUUCACCCGCCAAUUUCGAGCUACGACGGAUACCAUGCCGAACCUGACCGCACCUACGGUCGCCACGCGGAGAUCAAAAAGUUCACCAAGGCCAUUGCCAAAGCGAAGGGCGGUGGCGAGAAGAACGGAAGCACCUUCAUCCCCCCGACCAUCUACUUCGACGGCGGCGACCGAGAAUACACAAUCAAGCGUCAGCUCGGCGAAGGUGCGUUUGCUCCCGUGUACCUUGCCGAAAGCAAAACCAUUGGAAUGGACAUCGACGAGGAUGAGGGACCAGCACAGAUGGGCAAGGGCGCAUUCGGCUCUGUCACUCGCAAGCCGCUCGAAGCCAUCAAGAUGGAAGAUCCGCCCUCGGCGUGGGAGUUCUACAUAAUCCGUCAGGCGCAUCGCCGUCUGGGCGUGUCCCGCGCGGCCGAGUCCAUCAUUCAUGCGUAUGAGAUGCGCAUGUUCCGCGACGAGUGUUACCUGGUCCUCGAGUACCGCGACCAAGGCACUCUCUUGGAUCUCGUCAACGUCGCCCGCGCCGAGGUCACCACGGGCGGCGCUGGCGUCAUGGACGAGCAGCUCGCCAUGUUCUUCUCCAUCGAGCUGCUGCGCACGGUCGAGGCUCUGCACGCCAAGGGCAUCAUCCACGGCGACCUCAAGGCCGACAACGUCCUUGCCCGGCUGGACACAUCGCUCCCGGACGGCCAGUGGUCGUCGCAGUACAGCGCAGACGGCUCGGGCGGAUGGUCGCGCAAGGGCAUCUCGCUCAUCGACCUGGGGCGCGGCAUCGACAUGCGGGCGUUCAAGGCGGACGUGCAAUUCGUCGCCGAUUGGAAGACGACGGAGGCAGACUGCGCCGAGAUGCGCGAGAUGCGGCCGUGGACCUUUCAGGUUGACUACCACGGCCUCGCGGCCACGAUCCACUCGCUGCUGUUUGGCAAAUACAUCGAGACGGUGGCCGAAAGAGGCGCGGUGCUGGGCGCGGGCGCGACCAAGACUUACAGGCUGAGGGAAAGCUUCAAGCGUUACUGGCAGACAGAGCUGUGGGGGGAGCUGUUCGACCUGCUGCUCAAUCCGACGAAGUGGAUGGAGCAGGAGGAGGGGCAGAAGUUGCCGGUGCUCAGGGGAAUGAAGAGGUGUAGGGAAGGGAUGGAGACGUGGCUGGAGGCAAACUGCGAGAGGGGAGUGGGCUUGAAGGGGCUGGUUAGGAGGAUGGAGGAGAGAGUAGGUGGCAAGAAGGGAAGGAAGAGCUACUGA